AUGAAAGCGAACAGAUUGGUCUGUUGUCAACAAUUGAAAUAUUCACAGAACUUUCUUCUCAAAGAAAUCCAACGCUUGAAAACUGACCUCGAUGCAAAUUACACAAAGCUUAACUAUGCGAAUGAACUUCGUACUAUCGAUCAGAGAACGUUGAAGACAUUCCAGACGAAAUUUCACGAGCUGAAUCAAAUCUUAACGAAUGUUAAAAGCAAAGAACUAGACACAUGGCAUACUGUUCAAACUCUCCGAGCUACAACAUCGCGUCUGUGGCACAUCUUCGAAACAGUAACAGGACUCACGAUUAGUCAAGAGUUAGUUUACGAAGAUUUGCAAAAGCUACUCAAUCUUACUGAAUUAGAAAAAGAUGAGCAAACAGCGAAUUUAACCUUGAUCGAAAAAGAACACGCGAGUUUAUUGCUGAAAGUGAAAGAAAUUCAGAUAUCUCUUGAGCAAUUUCGUACCGAUAUCCUACAAACGACACAGGAUAUCAACGAAACAAACACGAAAGUCAAGACACAACAACAGAUCAAUGAUUACACUCAUGAGCAGUCCACUCGACGGAUCAAUGAUCUUCUCGCCAACGUAAAAGAUGUUCAAACAUUACUAAUCAAUUAUAAGUCCAUCAGCGAGGAGAUUCAACAUAUAUUAAAGCUUAUCUUUCAAGUGCAAACGUAUAUUGAAAUGCAUCACAAGUCAACAAUUGUUUAUCAAGUGAAACUCAAUAAAUAUAAACAAGACUUAACCUUCCUGAUGAUCAGUCGAACAAAGUACAAAAGUCAAUUAUCGAAUCUACUGCAAUCGAUUCAGCAGCAAGAUCAGCAGCUUGAGCAAUUGGAAUUUGAACAAAUACAAGUUGUGCAACAUCGGCAACUGCUUCACGAUCAGAUUCGAAUUAUUGAUAAAGAAAAAACUCAAAUGUCAAACAAUCAACAAGAAAUACUCGAGACAAUCAAGCAAGCCAUGAUAAAAGCUCGCUUAUUAAAAACGAGUCUUAUCCAUUCGAAACAUGAUCUCAAAGAUCUACAGUAUUCCUAUCGACAACUGACAACCGAUCAUAGAAAACAGCAAGAACUGACGCACACUUUGCAAAAAAGCAUUACAAUUCAUGACCAGCGACUUGACCUAAUCAAAAACGAAACCAAUAAACUAACAAAUCAAAUCCAUCGACAAAAUGAUCAGAUUCAUUCCCAUGAGCAUCAGAUUAGUUUCGUCACCAAAGAAUUAUCAAAUUUAGAACACUACCAGUCGAUCAUCCAUGCUGAACUUCAAAAUCAACAUCGGAAAGUGAAUGAAAGCAAAACGAAAGUGUUGUCAUAUACACAAAAGAUUCAUAAGCUCUCAGCAGAUGAAAGACCAGUAAUAAAAGAAAUAUCACAUUAUCAACAACAACUCGCCCAUCACGCAAUCAACCAUCGUCAAUUAGAGAUGGGUUUAAAACAGAAUGAAGCGAAAAUUCCCUAUUAUAAAAUGAUCAGCUCUAAAUUAACUUCGCAUACCAAAGAUUUCGAUCGAAUUCUUAUGAAAGAAACUGGUCUAUUACAACAGUAUCAAGUCGAAGGAGAAAAAACCAGAGCCAGAAUAAAAAUAUUUAAUGACAAUCUGCAACAAUCCGAACAUAGUUAUCAAGAUUUGAAAGGGAUAUUCUCUUCCCUGAACAAUGAAAACAUGCAAUUACAACAAGAGUACGAACGGUUAAGUUUUGUACUGCAAUUACUUGGAGAAAAACACACGAUUGUCAACAAUCAGUUACCAUUCUUAUACAACGGAAUCAAACGUUUAACUGAGCAAAAUCGAAAUAAAGCGAAAAUCAUCGAACAGUUAAAAUCUGAUCUGAAUCUUUUGCGCAAAUAUUAUCAUUAUCUCCAAGCUUCUAACAAUCGAUUGCAGCAAUCGAUGAGAUUUCAAUCGCAACAACGCUAUGAAUGUACUCAUUCUCAAUACGUAUCUCAUCGAUAUACAAAUCUACACAACCAACUUGAAGUGGAAACAAAAAACAAUUCAAACGAAGUGCAUCAUUGGCAGAGAUUGAAAGUCAAUUCGCCCGUCGAGUUCGGUAAUCUAUCUAAACUGUAUCUCACCAAAAAGAAACUUGUCAAAAAAUAUAAUGAGCUCUUCAGUCUGAAAAGAUUGUUUUAUGAAAAGCAAACUCUGUGUCAUUACUUCGAUCAAAUCUACAUCCGACGAAAGAAAUUAACAUCCUAA